AUGAACAACAUGAGCAACAAACAGACAGUGUGGUGUGAUCUGAGGGGUCGCCUACACUCGGCCAAAACCCUCCGACUCUUCGGUGUCCCAAACACAUCCUACGGUGAUCUAUACGCUCGUCCGCGCCAAAACAACGACAAAACCCGCAUUGAGAAGAUGUACGCAUUCAAAAUGUACAGCCUUUCUCUAUCACCGAUACGGCUCAACGGUUCCGACGACAUCGUUCCGCACUUCAGCGUCUCAUAUUUAGACUGUAUAAUUAGGAAGUGUGUGUGUGUGUGUGUGUGUGUGUGUGUGUGUGUGCGUGUGUGUGUGUCAGUGCCUAGCGCUCGGUGCCUGGUGAACGGGAUCUUCCUCUUUGAGGGAGCUGUUUGGUCUCCAGAUGCGUGCAACAUGUGCCAGUGUAGAAGCGGUGCAGUUCAGUGUUAUGGAGUGCCCUGCCUGAAAAUAGGUAUACACACACACACACACAUACACACAUACACACACACACACACACACACACACACAGACGUUUGUUUUCUUCAUCAGUCUGAAAUAGCGAAAUUCCUGCACUCUCUACCCUCCUCGAGGCUUCAGGAUGGCCACCAGAAACCAGGCCGUGGAGUGAAGCUGGAGAAAACGAGUGGACCGAAGAAAGUCCGUCCACAGACCGGACAGAGGAAAGCAUCGAAAGGAAAGGUCACCGUGGAGGUCAAGCCGAAGACAGCGCCGAGACGGGUUAAAACCCCUCUACCUGCACAGAAGAAGCAUGCACCAUCACCUCCACCUCCACCGAAGACCAAACAGCAAGCACCUGAGGUAUUUGGGGAUUUGCCCGUAGCCACUCCCCUUGACACCUUCCCAGAUCUAUUCGACUACGAUGACCACGAUGAUGAUGACUAUCUGGAAGAUGCUAGCGACGCUGACGAGGAUGACGAGGAUGCCCCAGUCUUACACAACCAUCGCAUCAAAACUUCAUCACUCAGCAGAACUGCUGCGUCUCUCGCCCGGAAGCCGACGAUACCUGUAUUCCAAAAGCCCCUCCCUCCUCCCCCAAGGCAACCCAAACUUUUAUCACCUAAUGGAGGUGUUAGAGCUGGAGGAGGUGUGGUUAGAGGCAGAGGGGGCGGAGCCAACGUCGUAGGUCGUCCUGUUAUCCAUCCCUCCACUUUUAUGGCGUCCCUCCCAGCGGGAUGUCUCCUGUCUGACGCUCUGAUCGCGUGCGGAAGCACCGGAUUAACCAGCAUGCCUCUCAUCAAAGACGCUGGCAUCCGAACACUUUACCUGGCAGAUAAUAAGAUCAGUAAGAUCCCGGUGCGAGCGCUGCAUGGCCUGCCCAAUCUGCAGUGGCUCGAUCUGAGCAAGAACAAACUGGAUGACACUUCACUGGGGCUGGACGUGUUCCGGAAUCUGACCAAACUGCGUCGUCUGAAUCUGGACGGGAACAAUCUGACCAAAAUCCCCCCGCUGCCGCCAUCACUGCUGGAGCUGAAGAUCAACGACAACAAACUGAGCGGACUCACACCUCACAGCUUUAAGGGUCUGUCCCAGCUGCUGACUCUGGAGCUGGAGGACAAUCAUUUCCAUGAUGGGAACGUGUCCCCGCUGGCGUUCAGGCCCCUCAAGAAACUCAUUUACCUCCGACUGGAUGAUAACGACUUCAGAGCCAUUCCCUCCGGCCUGCCUGCAUCACUGAAGGAGCUGCAUCUGUCAGAUAACCGGAUCGAAGUGGUUCAUGCCGGACUCCUGAAUAAGACAGUAAACCUGCGAAUCUUAAAUCUGAGCCAUAAUAAAAUCCGAGAGGACCGAAUCGCCCCGAGAGCGUGGAUUCACCUACGUAAGUUGGAGACGUUGGAUCUGUCCCAUAAUAAACUGGUUCACGUCCCGUCCUUCCUGCCGGUCGGUCUUGUCCAGCUCGCGCUACACCACAAUCAGAUCGAGAGAAUCCCGGGAUACGUUUUCGCUCACAUGCAGCCCGGCCUCGUCUCAAUCCACCUCUCAUACAACCGCCUGAGGGAGGACGGCAUCAACAAAGUGUCCUUCCACGGUCUUCAACACUCCCUUAACGAGCUGCUGCUGGACCACAACCAACUUCGAGAGAUUCCUCGUGGGAUAGUCCAACUCCGCGCCCUCCACGUCCUCCGCCUCAACCACAAUUACAUCAGCUCGGUACCCAUGAACGCUCUGUGUGACAUCACCGCCCGUGACGACUCCCCCCUGCUCUCCGUUCACCUGCAGAAUAACCUGAUUGAUCGGCGUUUAAUCCCGCCCACUGCACUCACCUGUAUUAAAGAGUACAGCAGCGUCAUCCUGCAUCCUCAGAGACACGAACAGAUCUACGAGUGAGCACACACUCACCCUCAGCUCUUAUCCGAAAUACAUUCACAUAUCGAACCGAGCGACAGGUGACAAC